AUGGAGAGCUAUGGCUUGGUCAGCAACUACAACGACAUUACGGUUACCAAAGAGAUUUCAGUAACUAUAGCAAUAGUUUAUCUAGACAUAAUGAUGUACAUGAUCGCUCAAAUGCUUCUGUACACACUUCAGAAGCGGAUCCCUCUUAGCAAUCCGACCGACACGGGCAUCCGCUAUCUGUAUUUGGCCGCUUUUCUGAGCAAUGGGUUUGUUGCAAAGCUAAUCUACGGAAUUCUGAUGACCGAAGGACUCUUACAAAGAAACCUUAUGCAGGUCAUUGUCUGCACGUUAACCCAGUUUGUUAUUAUGGGCAUUCGCCUCUGGAUAACCCUAACGCUAGAUACAGGGGCGGGUGUUACUUAUAUUAUUAUGUCCGUUAAUAUUACCGGAAUUGUAGUGGAUACACUCAUUAUGCUUUACAUAGUUGCCAAACAGCGAAAGGAGUUUAGAUGGUUCCAUUACAAGACUUUUGGAGCAAACAUUAAACGGAACAACAUGUUUUCAAUUCGCAAACUCUUAGACUUAUCUUUUAAAACCGGAUUCCAGUUGUUUAUUUCUAUCUGGAUUGUGUCCUUUUUGAUUAUGGAUAUUGGAACUUCUCUAAUCAUAGAAACUAUUCUCUAUGUGGCAUUGAUAACAAUCUAUCAAAUUGAUUGCUAUGAACUUAUCCCAAUAAGAAUCGCUAAUAUUACACUUACUCUAGGCAUGGGCGUCUAUCUAAUAACCCAGAUAAUCUUCUUUAAUGAUCUUCUUAGGCCGGUGCCUACAGAGGCAUCUGACGCGGCAAAUGAUCCUUACCUGCUUAUAACCCUCCUAUUGCGAUUGGCAGUGCAUUUGGUGUACGCCGGACUGCUUAUUAUCGACAUGCGUUCCUUCAACAAGGGCAUUCUCUACUAUCAGGCUCGAAGAGAAAAGAAGCGCAAGACCAUCGAUGGCACGGGCAACUAA